AUGUAAAGUCAAUCCCAAGGUGUAAACCCCCUUACUAAGUCUCCUUUGCUCCAAUAAUAUAUACUUUAACUCUCUUUCUUUCUCUCUCUAAUUCACCUUUCUUGCCUUUCUUGCUAAGAAAGUUGCUCUCAAUCUUCAAUCCUCAACUCUACACCUAUAUAUACACACAUUCACACCACCAAACUCAUUUUUCCCAUUUUCUCCUAAAAUCAAAACACAAACAAAAAAUGCAUCUCUACAAUGCAUGGCUUCCGCCGCCGGUGGCGGCUCAGACCGCCGGCGAGCGAGACUCCUUCGCCCGCGUCAUCGCCGCCGUCAAGUCCGCCUUCCGCUCCGAUGAUCCCGAUUCCGUCUUCUCCACUCUCAAAUUCAUCUCCGUCCUCGACCUUUUCAUAAAGGCAAAAAGUGAUGUAUCUUUGGAGGAUGUCUGUAACCUUAUUCAGAUGGGCCUUGAGAUAUUUCAUGUGUCCCGUAAUAAGCUUUAUGCCCAGGUUAGAUGGGGAAAUUUAUUGGUCAGAAUACUCAACAAAUAUAGGAAAAAGAUUUCACUGACUAUUGAAUGGAGGCCACUGUAUGAUACACUGGUUAGCACACAUUUUACUAGAAGUACAGGUCCAGAAGGUUGGAGAAUAAGACAACGACAUUUUGAAACUAUAACUUCCCUUGUUCAGUCCUGCCGAAGAUUCUUCCCAUCAGGUUCUGCCUUUGAGAUAUGGUCUGAGUUUAAAUCUUUAUUGCAAAACCCAUGGCAUAAUUCAUCCUUUGAAGGUUCUGGAUUUGCAAGACUGUUUCUCCCAACAAAUCUUGAUAAUCAGGAUUUUUAUACACAGGAUUGGAUAACUGAGUGUAUAGACUUGUGGGAAUCUAUACCAAAUUGCCAAUUCUGGAACAAUCAAUGGGCAGAUGUUAUAGCUCGUGUUGUAAAAAAUUACCACAAUGUUGAUUGGGAGUGCUUCUUGCCUUUACUUUUUGCUAGAUACUUGAAUAUGUUUGAGGUACCUGUUGCAAAUGGAAGUGGAUCAUAUCCCUUUUCGCUGGAUGUCCCAAGAAACACUAGGUUUUUGUUCUCCAAUAAAACUUCCACUCCUGCAAAGGCUAUUGCCAAAUCAAUAGUAUAUUUACUAAAACGUGGUAGUUCAUCACAAAAGCACUUUGAGAAAUUGAUCAACAUUUUGGAACAAUAUUAUCAUCCCUCAAAUGGGGGUCGAUGGACCUAUGCAUUGGAGCGGUUUUUGUUUCAUUUGGUGUUUCAAUUUCAAAAGCGUCUACAGAAUGAACAGCUGGGCAUAAAUAAUAGCAGACCCACCGAACAGCAUCUUGGGGAAUCAGAGAGGGUUUUCUUUGUUAACUCAGUGCUAAAGUUAAUUGACCGUGGUCAAUACAGCAAAAAUGAGCAUCUCUCCGAGACAGUUGCUGCAGCAACUUCUAUACUGUCCUAUGUAGAACCCUCAUUGGUUCUGCCAUUUGUGGCAUCUCGGUUUCAAAUGGCCCUUGAGACGAUGACUGCUACCCACCAAUUGAAAAUUGCAGUUAUGUCAGUGGCAUUUGUUGGGCGUUCACUAUUUUAUACAUCUGUAUCAGUUUCCUCCAUGAAACCAAUUGAUCUUGGUGGUGGUGAUGAAGCAUUCAUUGAUCUUGUGGGGGUUUCAUUAUCCAAUGCAUUACUUGGCAUGGAUGCUAAUGACCCUCCAAAAACCUUGGCUACCAUGCAAUUAAUUGGUUCCAUAUUUUCAAAUUUGGCUUUAUUGGAUGAUAAAAUUGAUGACCUAUCAUUUAUGCCGAUGAUCCGCUUUUCAGAGUGGCUGGAUGAGUUCUUAUGCCGUCUAUUUUCCUUACUUCUACACUUGGAACCCAGCAGUGUUUUAAAUGAAGGUCUGCAAUCAUCAUCAGCAACAGGAACUUUCCUGGUUGACGAUGGUCCAUACUACUUCUGUGUGCUUGAAAUUCUGUUUGGGAGGCUUUCACAAUCACUGUAUAAUCAGGCUUUGAAGAAAAUUUCCAAGUUUGUGAGGACAAAUAUUCUUCCUGGUGCUGUUGCAGAGGUUGGACUGCUUUGUUGUGCGUGUGUUCACUCGAACCCAGAAGAAGCAGUUAGUCAACUUGUUGAGCCAAUAUUACUGUCUGUGAUAUCUUCUUUGAAAGGAACACCACGCACUGGAUUUGGAGGAGGAACUUUUGAUGCUUCUGCUUCAUCAAAGGUUAGAUCCACAAUUUCACCAGCUCUUGAGGCUUCAAUUGACUAUCAACUUAAGAUAUUGUCAGUUGGCAUCACAUAUGGAGGUCCAGCGCUCCUCCAUUACAAGGAUCAAUUCAAAGAAGCUAUCUUCUUGGCUUUUGACUCACCAUCUUGGAAGGUUAAUGGGGCUGCUGAUCAUCUUCUUCGGUCCCUUCUCGGAAGUCAGAUUCAUUAUUAUCCAAUAGAUCAGUAUAAGUGUGUUCUUAGUCACCCUGAUGCUGUUGCUCUAGAAGAAUGGAUUAGCACAAAAGAUUUUUCCACUGAUGAAAGGUUGAUCCCAAAGUGGCAUAUUCCUUGUGAUGAAGAAGUUCAUUUUGCAAAUGAGCUUUUAGACAUUCACUUCAAGUCUGCUUUGGAUGAUCUGUUGAAAAUAUGCCAGACUAAAAUCCAUGCUGACCAAGGAGAUGAGAAAGAGCACUUGAAAGUGACUCUUUUGCGCAUUGAAUCAUCGUUGCAAGGACUUUUUUCUUGUUUGCCCGAUUUUGUCCCAGACUCCAGGAAUGGAAUGGUUGAAGAUUCAAACCAUAUGUUUUUAAUUGCUGGGGCAACAGGUUGUACUGUUGGUAGUACUGCUCUGAGAGAAAAAGCUACUGAGGUUGUACAUGCAGCCUGCAAAUAUGUCCUGGAGAAAAAAUCAGAUGACAGCAUCCUGUUGAUACUUAUUAUUCGCAUCAUUGAUGCUUUAGGAAACUAUGGAAGUUUGGAGUAUGAUGAGUGGUCUAGUCACAGGCAGGCUUGGAAAUUAGAAUCUGCUGCCAUAAUAGAACCCCCCAUUAAUUUCAUUGUGUCAUCUCAUUCUAAAGCAAAGAAAAGACCUAGGUGGGCUCUUAUCGACAAGGCAUUUAUGCACAAUACAUGGAGGUCUUCGCAAGCAUCCUAUCAUCUUUACCGUACAAGUGGGAAUUUCUGCCCAUCUGAUCAUGUGACUAUGUUGAUGGAUGAUUUGUUGAGUCUCUCUUUGCAUAGCUAUGAAACUGUCCGCCUGCUUGCAGGGAAAUCUCUAGUGAAGCUGAUCAAGAGAUGGCCAUCUAUGAUUUCAAAAUGUGUUAUCACUCUUACCCAUAACUUGCAGGAUCUCAAUGCCAAGGAAUAUGCAGUGUUGGGUUCCUGUUCAGUCCUUGCCUCACAAACAGUUCUCAAGCAUUUGACAACGGAUCCAAAGUCAUUCUCUUCAUUUAUCUUGGCAAUUCUUUCAAGUUCGCAUCAUGAAUCGUUGAAAGCUCAGAAAGCAAUUAAUGAGCUUUUUGUGAAGUACAACAUUCAAUUUUCUGGAGUAUCUAGAAGCUUUUUCAGGAUCUCAGACAAAGAAAAUCAUACUGGUGGACUGGGGUUUUCAGAUUUGGUUUCUCAGAUUGGCUCCAUGAGUUUUGAUUCUACUGGCUUGCAUUGGAGGUAUAACUUGAUGGCUAAUAGAGUGCUGCUCCUGCUGGCUUUGGCAUCUCAGAACCAUCCAAAUUCAUCAUCUAAAAUUCUGAGUGAAACUGCUGGACACUUCCUGAAGAAUUUGAAAAGUCAACUUCCUCAGACAAGGAUACUUGCAAUUUCAGCUUUGAAUACACUAUUAAAAGAAUCACCAUAUAAGCUGUCUCAUGGUGAGAAAUCUGCUGUACUUGAGGAUUUGCAAGGCCAUGUCAAAUCAUCACUUGAAGGAACUUUAACUCCAACUUUUCAGGAAGAGGGUUUCUUCAAUGAGACAUUGACUAGUCUUUCUCAUGUUCAUAUAAUAACUGAUAGUGAAACUGCUUCAAGAGGAGGUCAGGGAGAUUCAAGUUUCCAAAGCUUAGCAGACAAAUCCAUUACUCGUUUUUAUUUUGAAUUUUCGGCUUCAUGGCCUCGAACGCCAAGUUGGAUCUCCUUUUUAGGAAGUGAUACAUUUUACUCAAAUUUUGCUCGUAUUUUUAAACGACUAGUACAAGAAUGUGGCAUGCCUGUUGUAUUGGCUCUUAAAGGUGCAGUAGAUGAGUUUACAAUUGCUAAGGAGAGGUCUAAACAAUGUGUAGCUGCUGAAGCAUUAGCGGGUGUGCUUCAUUCUGAUAUUGAUGGUCUAUCAGGAACAUGGGAAAGUUGGCUGAUGCCUCAGUUGAAGAACAUCAUUUUAGCCCAAUCUGUUGAAUCAGUUUCAGAGUGGGCAUCUUGCAUACGAUAUGCAGUUACCGGUAAAGGAAAGUAUGGAACAAGAGUUCCUCUUUUGAGACAGAAAAUUCUGGAUUCUUUGAUGACACCUUUACCUCCAACAGUAGCUACCACAAUAACAGCCAAGCGAUAUACUUUUCUGGCUGCUGCACUUAUAGAAAUAUCCCCACAGAAAAUGCCAGUAGCAGAAGUCCAGCUCCACAAUACACUUCUGAAGGAAGUUCUUGGUAAUAUGUGCCACUCAUCAGCCCAAGUGAGGGAGGCUCUAGGGGUUACCCUUUCUAUAUUGUGCUCUAACAUUAGGCUCUAUCAUUCAAGCCGUCAUGAUAAUGCACAGGAUGAGAGAAACAACGAUGUUGAUAGUUUGAUGAAAGAUGAAAGCUGGGUUCAGUUUCUUACAGAGCGAGCAGCUGAAGCAGUUGUUAACAUUCAGAUUGCUACCCAAUCAGAUAAAGUAGUGAAUCCUGUAGAUACAAAUUCUCAAAAUGGGCAUCUAGAUGGUGAUUCACAAGAUUGCAUUAAAUGGAUGGAAACGCUACUCUACUUCAUCAUCUCAUCAUUGAAGUCUGGGAGAUCCUCAUAUCUACUCGACGUGCUUGUGGGGCUUCUAUAUCCUGUGAUUUGCUUGCAGGAAACAUCAAAUAAGGAUUUGUCAACAUUAGCCAAGGUAGCAUUUGAAUUGCUCAAGUGGAUGAUUGUUUGGGAACCUCACCUUCAGAAGGCUGUAUCUGUGAUUCUUUCUGCUGCCAAUGAUUCCAACUGGCGAACUAGAUCUGCUACAUUGACAUAUCUGCGCACAUUCAUGUACAGGCACACUUUUACUGUCUCAAGUUCAAAGAAGCAAGAGAUUUGGAGAACUGUUGAGAAGUUACUAGUAGACAAUCAAAUUGAGGUAAGAGAACAUGCUGCAGCAGUUUUAGCAGGCUUAAUGAAGGGUGGAGAUGAAGAUCUUGCUAGAGAUUUCCGUGAUAGAGCUUAUAGGGAGGCAAAUAUUGUACAGAAGAGAAGAAAGUCGAGAAAUGCAAGUUCUGGAUCAUCAAUAGCAUCUGUUCAUGGUGCUGUACUAGCUUUGGUAGCUUCUGUAUUAUCAGCCCCAUAUGACAUGCCCAGUUGGUUGCCUGAUCAUGUUACACUACUUGCUCGCUUCAGUGGGGAGCCAUCACCCGUGAAAUCUACAGUUACUAAAGCAGUUGCAGAGUUCCGGCGGACCCAUGCUGAUACAUGGAAUGUUCAGAAAGAAUUUUUUACUGAAGAGCAACUUGAGAUUCUGGCAGAUACAUCCUCGUCGUCGUCAUAUUUUGCUUGAUAAAAAAUUUCAAAGAUAUUGUUGGGAGAGAGGGUACUGAAAUAAUUGGUUAGGGAAAGUAUGUUUUUCAUUUUUGGUGUAUUGACUGUAUUCAUAGUUGUUAAAAUAGCUUUUAUUUACAUUUUGUACCAUUGAUCAUGUAAGAAAUUUAUUCCUUAAUAAUCUAGUCUCAGAAGUUGAGCUUCUUGCUUUCCUCUGUCUGUUCUGUAAUUUUUCUUAGACCAUGGGGUUAAUCAAAUCAUCCGUUGGUAGAUCCCACACAA